AUGUGGAUGUCCAGCGCAACCCAUCAUGACGAAAAUUCCCGUGUUUACAUGUUAAGUGGAGAAGAAAUAAAAGUACAGCGGUGCCUUAGUAUCUUCGAAGUUUUCUAUCCACCAGAACACCGCCAGUUCAUUAUGACAUCACUUGUGAAUCUAAUGAUGGACAGCCUCCAGAUUCCGAUGCUUAAAGUAGACUUGCACACUAACUCGAUUUUGUGCCAUGUUUUCAAAAAAGUAGAAAAAUAA